AUGUCGCAGGCAAAGCCAGAUACAACUACAACUGACGAUACAAGCACCUCCGCCCCUGAAAAAAAGACAUUCGAUCUGAAAUUUGACCUCAAACCAAAAGAGGUUAAGCAAUAUCUUGACCGUUAUGUCAUCAAACAGGACGAUGCGAAGAAAGCGUUGGCAAUCGCUGUGUGCGAUCACUACAAUCAUGUACGCGAAGUCCACGAAAAUCCGAAAGUUGCUGACACCGAUUACUCAAAACAGAAUGUCGUUAUGCUCGGACCGACAGGCGUUGGUAAAACCUACCUAAUUCGCUAUAUUGCCAAGUUGAUCGGUGUGCCGUUCGUCAAAGCAGAUGCAACUCGGUUUAGCGAAACCGGUUACGUCGGUGCAAAUGUCGAUGACAUGAUUCGAGACCUAUUAACACAGGCAGACGACGAUAUUGAGUUAGCACAAUACGGUAUUAUUUACCUUGACGAAGUGGAUAAAAUUGCGACUCCACCGAACAUCAUCGGGCGUGAUGUCAGCGGACGCGGAGUACAGAUUGGUCUCCUCAAACUGAUGGAGGAAACAGAGGUCGAUCUCCCCAUGAUGGAGUUCCAACAGAAAGGCAAGGUUGGAAAGCGCAUCAUCAACACGCGCCAUAUCCUGUUCAUUAUUAGCGGGGCAUUCAACGGGUUGAAAGAAAUCGUCAACAAACGCAUGAAUCAGAGUAAUAUUGGCUUUAACGCAACAGUGAAAAGUCAAACGGAGUUAGAAAAUCCUUUUCAGUUUGUUACGCCGCAAGAUUUCAUUGAGUUCGGAUUUGAACCCGAAUUAAUCGGUCGCCUACCCGUCCAUGUUAUAUGCCAAAACCUUUCUGCGGAUGAUCUCUACUAUAUUCUGAAACACUCCGAGGGAUCAAUCGUCCGUCAGUAUGAACGGGCGUUCGGAGCGUAUGGGAUUGAGGUGUCGUUUUCCGAUGCAGGACUCCAUCGAAUUGCUGAACAAGCAUACGUCCAAGGAACAGGAGCGCGUGCGCUGAUGACGGUCUGUGAAAAAACGCUGCGCGAAUAUAAAUUUGAGAUGCCUUCCUCUAGUAUCCGAGAGUUCGUUGUAACAGAAACGGUCGUUGAGGAUCCGGCAGGCGAGCUGCAGCGGAUUCUGGAAGAUGCCGACUACAACCGCCCAAUUGUCAUGCGUGAGCGGGUUCGCCGGUAG